AUGGAGCUUUCCUGCCGACAGGAGAUACUGAUAACGUCGAGCGAUUUGCCGGAAACCUCGUCUUCCCAGGUCGGCUGUUCGGUCAGAAAGGAUUUUAAUUUGGACCUUGAAGGGUCCAGGCCCAGCGAGGUGCCCAAGUCCGAAAACUGGCUAUUUUGCUCCGCAGAGUCCCGAGAGCUGUUUGAGCGGGACUUGGCAAUUGGAUGGAGCUCGAUAUCAUCCGAUAUGGCGAACGCGGAUUCGGAAGAGCUCAUUAGGUACGAAAACACCUAG